AUGGGUCACACGGCCGCAACCAAUGGGUAUAAUUUAUCGAUUUUAGCGGCCACGAUGAUCCUCCUCCUCUGCACGGGCACGGCCGAUAGUAAAGCCGUGAGCCCAUUCUGCCGAACGGCAACAACCCACAAAAAAGAUCAAAGCGUAUGCACCGAAUUGGUGAAAAGGGCUAAAACAUGGGAUGAGGCCAUGACCAAUGGGAUCAAUGCGGUGAUAGAGAUAGCCAAGGCCCAAAAAGGGAAGGCGGUGGACACUGUUGAAGCAAAGCUGCCAAAAGGGUUGAGGCCCGCCACAAAGGAGUCGAUAACAAAAGGUUGCAAGGACGCGUUUGAUAUGUAUGUGUCGUACCUGGAAGACUGCAUUGGGUUCGUGAAGAAUGAUCCCGACUCUUCUCUCGAGACCAUACUUUCGGGCAACACCUUCUAUAACUGCAAAGACGGGUUCGAUGAGUUUCAGAUACAAAAUCCUGACGUAUAUCACUUUUACGACAUGACCACCUACUUCGCUGACAUUCUUCUCUCCAUUUAUCAAACCAAGCCUGCAGGCCACCAGUAA